AUGGCUUCCCACGACCAUACCCAUUCCGUCUCUGCAAACAUCAAACAUCGCAGCGUGAGCCCAUCACCCCACGCCCAACGACAAUAUCACGACCCAACCGCGGGCCUAGCCCUGGACCCCUCCAUGUCAGCCGCAUACGGGACAAAUCCGCCAUUUGACAACUCCAAUGCCGAUCCCAGCAUCAGCGGCACCGAAUCUUACGGUUACUCGGCGACUUACCACUUUUCUGGGCCUCCGCCUGCGCAAAACUUGGUCCCUCCUUCUAGUCAGCCUUUCCCGCCAACGCUGAAUACAACCAACAUCUCGAUGUCGCAAUCAUUCAACCCGAAUAUGGUGGAACAGCUAGAUCCAGGAGUGUCGGGCUUGCAAACGGGACAACUCACCGAUAAUUUCUCCAAUUUGCUGAAUUCUAAUUCGGGAGAGCUGGAUUUCGCAACAUACCAGAAUCAUAGUCCUAACAGCGGUAGCGCAUCCGAGUAUGAUUCGUCGCUACUGCUGGAUCCGCAAAUGCAUCAGCGCCAGCAGGCCAUGCAUCAAGCGGUCAAUCCAGCUGAUCUCGUCAGCCCUAUCUCUAAUCCCUCUGCGUCCUCACGUCCGUCGUCGCAAGACCCACAGCAGUCAUCCCCGGGGCCCAUGUCCCCUCCUGGAGGCACUCCCGGAACAUACUAUACCCCGCAGCAUUCGCGACACACCUCGCUGGAUCCAGCGACGGCCGCCUAUCUCAGUGCGCAGGCGAACCCGGAUUGGCAGUCAGUCAUGAAUAAUAGUGCCUUCCAGACCCACCGCAGAGCGCCGUCAGAGGUCUCGGAGGUCUCGUCGGCCAAUCACUCGCCCUAUUUAUCUCAGCAUGACUAUGACGGCAUCGAAAAUAAUACCUCGCCGUCCCUUGCUCCACAGAGUGACCCAGCCCUAUACGAUAACGCUCUAGGUAUUGAGCAGUUUACGCUAUCAGAGCAGCACCAGCAGGGCUUCAGCCCUGCACACAGCCCGUAUAUCUCGCCGCGAUUGAUGCCCCAACAGGUCAAUGAUAUGGUUCCUAGUAUCCAGUAUUCUUCGACUAGCAACCAGUUCCCCCCAGCACCAACGGAUAUGUAUGGAAUGCCGGGUGAUGAUAUGCUGGGAUCGCAUCCCGCAGGCGACAUUGGCCAGGCAUCCCAGAUGGCGCCUCCUUCAAUUAAUGUGGAAUUUGCGCCCCCAUCUCGGAGCCCAAGCUUCGGGCCACCCAAAGCAGUUGCUUUGGACUCGUUGAGUCCGCCCGCGAUGAGAUCUCGCGUGCGCAGCAAGUCAGAUCCCUAUGCACACCCUGCUUCUCGUCAAAGAUCUCCCGCGACUUCGACAACCAGUCUCGAACCCCUCGCCCCUACUUCCCCGCGAUCACUAUCGCCCCACUCGCGCAGCAACCCUGGCUCCCGGGACGCAUCUCCUUCAAGGUCUAAUCGACGUCUUUCGACAUCGUCGAUCGAGAGUCGCAACUAUAUUCUAGAUCUGGCUGACCCAGGACGCCCCGGUGCAGCACCUGGUGACUCGAAGCGUGUCCAGAAGCACCCCGCCACUUUCCAGUGCACAUUGUGCCCUAAGCGAUUCACUCGGGCGUACAACUUGCGCUCGCAUCUCCGCACCCACACUGACGAACGGCCAUUUGUGUGUACAGUCUGUGGCAAGGCUUUCGCCCGGCAACACGAUCGCAAGCGCCACGAGGGCCUCCACUCUGGCGAAAAGAAGUUCGUCUGCCGCGGUGACCUAUCACGGGGCGGCCAUUGGGGCUGCGGCCGUCGAUUUGCACGUGCAGACGCUCUCGGCCGCCAUUUUAGGUCCGAAGCGGGUCGUGUCUGCAUCAAGCCACUGCUCGACGAAGAAUCACAGGAGCGUGACCGCAUCAAUGCCGAACAGCAACAGCACCAGCAGCAACCUGCCGGACACUUGCAACCCGUUCCCCAGCCACUCGUCAUGCCCGGCGUCCCUGGCAUGGACGGCCAAUCGUCUGGUAACUUUAUUCUUCCCGCAGCUCUGCUCGCCCAAUACCCGGCGCUGCAAACCCUGCAGUGGGACCAGCUCGCCGCCGGGGGUGAUGACCCCAGCGACAUUGGUGGCCGAAGUAGCUUCGACGCUAGCUCAGGUGGGGAAUUCGGUUUCGACGACGACGAAUCUGGUAUCAGCAGCGUAUCUGGGAUCAGUGGUGGAUAUGGUAAUAACCAGGGCGCCAUGUAUGGUGGCCAGAUUCUCGGGAUGAAUCCGGGUGAUCCUGGAUACGUGGAUCAAAAAUGGAGUUGA